AUGAUGGAUCAAACAGCAUAUGGUCAUCAGUUACUUAUGGAUGAAUUUGGAAUUAGUCCACGAAUUGGAUGGCAAAUUGAUCCAUUUGGUCAUUCAGCUACCCAAGGUUCACUUUUAUCACAAGGUAUAGGCUUUGAUGCUCUAUACUUUGCUCGUAUCGAUUACCAAGACUAUGACAAUCGUAAGAGAAACAAGGAACUUGAAUUUAUCUGGCGUCCAAGUAAAUCACGAGGCAAAAGAUCGCAGGUGUUUACAGGAGAAAUUAUUGAUCAUUAUUGUCCUCCAGAGAAAUUUGAUUUUGGGAAGAAUAAGAAUCAGAUUCAAGACGAUACAGAACUACAUGACUAUGAUGUGUGUGAUGAAGUGGAGCAGUUUGUUAAUAAUGCCAAGAUGCGUGGUGGAUUAUCCAAAGGCAACCACGUUUUUAUCCCCAUGGGUUGUGACUUUCAGUAUGAUAAUUCACGUCGUUGGUUUAAAAAUAUGGACAAAAUUAUUCAUUAUGUAAACCAGGAUGCACGUGUGAAUGUGCUAUACUCGAAUCUCUCAUACUACACGGACAUGAAGCGCGCAGAAGGACUUACGUGGAGCGUCAAAACUGAUGACUUUUUUCCAUAUGGGUCAGCGCAAGAUGACUAUUGGUCAGGCUUUUUUACCAGUCGGCCAACUCUGAAACGUUUUGCUCGAGUGGCCAAUAUACUGUUGCAGCAAGUCCGACAGCUAGAUGCAAUCUACCAGAGUCAUCACUCAAGCACGUUGGUGGCACUGCAGCGUGCUGUGGGUCUUGUGCAACACCAUGAUGGUCUAUCGGGAACGGAAAAGCAAAGUGUUGCUGACGAUUACGCGCUUCGGCUGAAUGACGGGAUCAUUCAGGCCGAAAAAGAGAUGAAUGAGGUGCUUUUUGUGAUCGGUGAGAAGGAGUUGUACCAUUUGUGCUUGCUAGCCAACACGAGCGUGUGUGACGUAUCGACACAGAACACAGAGUUUGAGGUACUGGUGCAUAACGCACUGGCGCGUACGACCGUUCAGACAGUGUCGAUUCCAAUCACGCACAAGUCAGCGGAGGUAAAAGUUCUGUCGGGCAACGCAAGUGUCCGUGCACAAAGUGUGUUUGUAGCUCUGCCGGUUCAUCCUGAGACGCAAGUGGCUCCCUACUCGCUCGUUUUUAGUGCUGAACUGAAGCCUCUAAGCACAACUCGGUUCUUCGUAAAGCAGAAAGGCGUGGACUAUAGCACUGCCAUGAACGAGAACAUUGACGAGCACAAGGAGAGACAUGAAAAUGCUGGAGCUGACGGCCUUGACGAGUAUACUGAGAACGAUGACGUGGUAGUCCUGGAGAACCAGAUGAUGCGAGCAGAGAUCAGCAAAAUGACGGGAUCCAUUACAAAACUAGCCAACAAGAAGAAGAACAUUCAGAUUCCGCUGUCGUUAGAGGUAAGGUACUACCAGGCGUUCCAAGACCACGGUCCGAAAUCUGGCGCGUAUGUGUUCCGUCCGGACUCGAACAAGACGUACCCGGUGACUGUCAAGAGUGAAGCGAUGCCUACCUUGGUAUCAGAUGUAACGAUGAUUGAGCUGCAAACCACGAGUCUCGCCGCUGAUGGUGGCCUCGCCAGUGUGCCGCGCGUGGCUUUCAAGAUCGGCAACUGGGUUACGCUCGAGUACCGCAUGAACGACGAUGACGAGUUCCUGGAGAUCGAGUGGACGGUCGGACCAGUCCCGAUCGACGACAAGAAAGGCAAGGAGGUCAUCGUGCGCUUUGAUGCCGGCAACAGCAUCGCGUCAGCUAGUACGCUGUACACGGACUCGAAUGGCCUCGAGUUCAUGAAACGUGUGCGCAACCACCGCGACACGUGGAAUCUGACUCUGCAUGACAAUCAGGAAGAAGUGGCGGCAAACUACUUCCCGAUCACUACGGGCGCCUAUAUCAAAGACAGCGAGCGCCAGCUGAACGUGGUUACGGACCGCGCGCAAGGAGCGGCGAGUUUGGCAGACGGACAGGUGGAAGUGAUGGUUCAUCGACGCCUGCUUGUGGACGACAAUAAGGGAGUAGACGAACCCUUGAACGAGAAAGAGUCUGUGUACAACACGGCCACGAAGACGUACACUACUAAGGGACUGGUGGUGCGUGGUAACUUUUUCAUCAACGUGGACUCGGCCGAGGACGGAAUGCGCAGCAUUCGGUCAAAGAUGGAGUCGCAGUUCUUCCGUCCGCUGACAGCGUACCGCAAACCCGUUAUGUCCAAAGAGAAGGCGAAGGUGCCGUGGUUGACUGUGGGCGAGUUCCCUCUGAACGUAGGUCUGACAACGGUGCAGGAGUUGUCGAAGCAGUGUCUGAUGGUGCGUCUGUCGCACUUGUAUGCGGUGGACGAGCACUCGAGUCUGUCACAGCCUGUGACGGUGGACUUCUCUUCGUUGUUCUCGGUGAAGAACUCUGUGGUGUCAGAGGUGACGGAACUGGUGCUGACUGGCACGAAAGAGCUGUCGCUCGAGAACAAAGGACGUGCGAUGGAGUGGAAGACGACGGACGAUGCGCACGGUUGGUCUCCUCGGUCUCUUCCUGUGAAGGGUACGUCGGUUGUACUACAGGCGAUCGAGGUGCGUGCGUUCCGUGUGUGCUUUGCUAAGGAUGCGAGUAUGAUGGAAGAUACCGCUAUCGAUAACGAUGAUGACUUGUUUGGUACUGCACUGCAAGAUUUGGCGGAGAUCAUUGCCAUUGAGUAA